GAUCACCUGGAACCGAAAGGGGAGCUCUAACCAUUUGAGUUGUCCCUCACUCUCUCAUUAGAUCUUUUAGUUGGUACAAUAUUAAACAAUCGCAUCUAAACACAAUUACCAACAAGGGCUAUUAGAAUUAUAAAAAGCGUACCUUGUUAUUUAGAUUAUUAAUUGUAUUUUCUAAAAAAAAAAAACAGGAGAAAUGAUUUUUAAAUGUAUGUAAAUUGAUAAGCAUAAAAUUGCUCACCCAGAUACGCUCCAUGAUUAAAAUAAACAAACUGCCCCCUUUUUAAUUUACUACGGAGUACUCCGUAUUUUUGCUUUUAAUUUCUUUCAAUUAAAAAAGAGAAAACAGUAAUUACAGCAUAACACAAGCAAAGGGAGCAAGAAGCAAAGGCGUCCUUCCUACUUCCUACUAUUUUUCCCCAAAUCCAGCAUUCAAUUGAUUAGGGCAUUUUCAGAUUUCCAAAAUUUGAACUCACCAGAUGUCAGGUGACGUUGAAAACCCGAAAUCUAGUGAGGUGAAUAAGAAUGCAGAUGUGAUUGGAUCUUCUGUGCCUGAAGUUCAAGUGACAUGGUACAGUAUCUUUUGUCAGCAAGUAUCCAUCUAUGGAGUAGCUGCUGGGUACUGCCUUUCAGCUUCUUUACUCUCAAUCAUUAAUAAAUGGGCUGUUAUGAAAUUUCCAUAUCCUGGUGCACUCACUGCACUGCAGUAUUUCACCAGUGCUGCUGGUGUUUUAGUUUGUGGACAGCUAAAGUGGUUAGAACAUGACCCUCUUGACCUUAUGACCAUGUGGAGGUUCCUUCCAGCUGCAAUUAUCUUCUAUCUCUCCCUUUUCACCAAUAGUGAGCUCCUCCUCCAUGCCAAUGUAGACACAUUCAUCGUCUUCCGCUCAGUAGUCCCCAUCUUUGUUGCAAUUGGAGAGACCCUCUUUCUGCACCAGCCAUGGCCAUCACUCAAAACUUGGGCCUCACUUGUCACUAUCUUUGGUGGAAGUGUCAUUUAUGUGAUGACAGAUUAUCAAUUCACUGUAAUGGCUUACACCUGGGCUUUAGCUUAUCUUGUAAGCAUGUCCAUUGAUUUUGUUUAUAUAAAACAUGUUGUUAUGACCAUUGGCUUGAACACGUGGGGCCUAGUCUUAUACAACAACCUUGAGGCUCUCCUACUCUUUCCAUUAGAGCUUUUUGUUAUGGGCGAGCUGAAGAAGAUAAAGCAUGAUAUUUCUGAUGAGUCAGAAUGGCAUUCUUUUAGCGUCAUCCUGCCGGUGGGGUUAUCAUGCUUAUUUGGACUUUCGAUCUCCUUUUUUGGGUUCUCUUGUCGAAAAGCAAUCUCUGCCACAGGCUUUACAGUUCUUGGAAUAGUGAACAAGUUACUAACAGUUGUUAUCAACCUUGUCAUCUGGGAUAAACAUUCUACUUUUGUGGGAACAGUUGGCCUUCUUGUCUGUAUGCUGGGCGGUGUUAUGUAUCAGCAGUCUACAAGCAAACCCAAGCCUGUGAAAGCUGCAGAGCCACAAGAAAGCCAAGAAGAAGAACAGAAACUGUUAGAGAUGCAAAGCAAUAUAGAGACUGAUCACACUUUAGAACCUAACUCAGAACUAAGAGAGGGGAAAUAAAAUGGAUUCUGAGGGAUCCUCUACCUUUAUGUUACCAGAGGAAUAUUCUCUCUGCUGCCUUGUGCUGGAACCAAGUCCUGCCCGGAAAAUUUGGAUGCAUCAUCAGCUAGACAACAAGGGCACCGGUAUUUUCCCUAUUGUCAGAUACUAGUGUCGAGUAGUGAGUAUACACGUGGUGGUUUGCAUGGCUUAGAUUUUGCUGGUUCAACAACCAGAUGAAAGAAACAUAUUCAUACCUGAAUAUUCAUUUUUUACAUGUCUAGCUCCUUUGCUUCACUUACUGUUCAAAAGCAAUUCAAAAUGAUGUUUUUUUGCCACUCGUUUUGAUAUACAAAAUUAAUGACAUGUUAGUCAGACUCCUAUUGGUUUGCUACUUUGUUAUAAGACAAAAGUUCUUGAGCAA